CGCCGCUCCAAGAGUGCUGUUUCGACCUGUUCCGGGAUCGCUCGUACAUUUUCGCCUCUUUGUUUUACUGAUAGUGGAUUUAACUCGGAUUCAACCCAAUAUCCAGCGGACGGUACUGUUCCCAAACAGGCUCCGAUGAGAGGCUCUCCAUGAUGCGGAGCUAACACCGUCGGCCGCACAACCACAGGAAGAGACGUGGCCGCCACACCAUCCGCAGUCAACACAUGGCGGCAUUAGGGAACCCCGACAUGCUGACGAGGAAGAUAAAGCUGUGGGACAUCAACGCCCACAUCACUUGUCGCCUGUGUGAGGGCUACCUGAUCGACGCCACCACCGUCACCGAGUGCUUACACACCUUCUGCAGGAGCUGCCUAGUCAAGUACCUGGAGGAGAACAACACGUGCCCCACGUGUAGGAUUGUUAUUCACCAGAGCCAUCCACUGCAGUAUAUCGGCCAUGACAGAACAAUGCAAGACAUUGUCUACAAGUUGGUACCGGGACUUCAAGAGGCGGAGAUAAAGAAACAGAGGGACUUCUAUCAGAAGUUGGGGAUGGAAGUUCCCGGCGACCUUAAAGGAGAGCUUUGCAACAUGAAGACUCACCUAGAUCAGCGCAACGGCGAUGCAAAAUCAGAGGACACAGCCAACAAAGAGGCAGGAGAGGAGAAACCAGAGGAGGACAACGACUAUCACCGUAGCGACGAACAGGUCAGCAUCUGUUUGGAGUGCAACAGCAGUAAGCUCCGCGGUCUGAAGCGCAAGUGGAUCCGCUGUUCGGCACAAGCCACGGUCCUCCACCUCAAGAAGUUCAUCGCCAAAAAGCUUAACCUGACUUCGUUUAAUGAGCUGGACAUUUUAUGCAACGAGGAAAUCCUGGGCAAGGACCACACUUUGAAAUUUGUCGUCGUGACAAGAUGGAGAUUUAAGAAAUCGCCCCUCCUGCUCCAUUACAGACCUAAGAUGGAUCUGCUGUAGCGAAAAACGGACACACAACGGUUGUUUUUGGCCCAGCGGCCGCGGACUGUGCCGAAACCUUUUUAUUUAUGCAGAGACGAUCAACCAACACCAAGCAAACACCCACAGUGAGAAGUCCACGCAAGCCAGCAAAUUGGGAUCGGGGAGGGGAAGAAGCGGGGGAGGCGGAAACGCAAAACACAACGAUACGGGCGACCUCCAGCACAGAUACUGCAACACUGGCGUGUUUUUGGGGAACUAAAACAACCUUUUUUGUCCGCUACAUCCUAGAUAUGUGAAAAAAACAAACAAACAAAAUGGAGAGAAAGCAUAUAUUUAUACUUUUGUACAGAAGAGACACAUGGAACCAAGACACUACUGGUGCUCUGUUUACACGCAAACAAGAUGUCGGGGAAAUCAUGUGACGGUCUUUUUUUGAGCUUCACGCAGACUUCAACAUCCAUCCUCCUGAUUAAAUGACUGACGGGGGAAAAACGAAGUUUUUAUAUAAAAAGAGGUGUUUUUCGUUUUUUUUUUUUUUCCUUUUCACAAUACACUCGACACGUCUUGGGAGCACAGAAAGUAUAUAAAAAAAAGUUAUAUAACAGGCAUUUUUAAGCUGUUUAUCGAACUGUUCUUGUCUCAGAUUUCUUUUUUUCUUUUUUUUUUUUUGUUUGUUUUGGGCUUUUUUUCUAAUUUGCUAUUGGGUUCUUGAUGAUUGUCAAUUGUGAAUAGGCUAAAAUUUUUGUGUAGUAAUUUAUGUUCUAUAUACCAAUAUUGUACAUAAAAUGUCAUUACAAGAGAUUGAAGAGAGUAAGAGAGACUUUAGACUGUUAAAAAAAAAAAGAGAGAGAGUGGAUCCCAGAAGUGCUAUCUAUAUGUCGGGCUACUUGUAUGUAGUAUGGAGGUGAUAAAUUAGGGUUUUAAAGACAGACUCAGUAUCAGUAUCAAGAUAUAUAAAUGCAUCUUUAUGUUGUCUGCGAAAGACACAAAAACAAAUAUAUCAGAUCCUCUGCCAUUUAUGCGUAUGUGGGGCCUAAGUGUGUCGCAUUGCUGUGAUAGCAUUACAAGACUUAGAGGCAGAUAAGCAAAGCAGAAAGCUUCAACUUUCCCACCCUGUGCUCCUCAUCUCACCUGCCUUCCAUGGAACACAGUUUACCUUUAUUACGCUCUUUUUUUCUUUUUUUUUUUGGUUUAUUUUUGGACAGUAUAAUCAAGCAGAACCUUAAGAAUAAUGCUAUAGAACAACACUGAUGUCCAGAAUCGCCCGCAAGACAUAAAAUGCAGUAUGCAGCCGCAGCGGGCGGACGGGACACACUCAUUUUUCUAUUGAUUACAAAAGGUCUUCACACCAUGCAGUCCUUAAUAUCCGUCCUUGUGAUUAUUCAACCUUUUAGCACCCAAGCCUGGCGGACAGACACUUUUAACACGUUUAGGAAGAGCGCUCAGUGAAGCUACCAGCAGAUGUUGUUAGCACCCUCCUCCCUUAUUGAAUCCAUUCCCAAUGUCACAGCAGAGUUUUCCCUCUGCCACAUUUGCCGCUAAUUCGGUGCGACCGGCUCUUGAAGCUGCACUAGGCGUGAUUCAUAUGUAAAAAAAAAAAAAAAAAAAAGAAGAAAAAUUCUGCCUGCCGUCUCGGGCUGAAUCACAAAGCAGGGCUGCGACAGAGAAAAACGUCCCAUCACCGCUGAUUGAGACGCGGUAGAUUUAUCCAAUUUGCCCAAAAUAUAUUCUCGGGUCGUUUGUGCACACUUCCAUGUUCACAGGGAGUGAAAGCUUCAAACCUAAGAAUGAAAUACAAGUUAAACCGCAGUGAGCAGCCCUGUCCAGAAAAAAAACCUCAACAGUAUGAAAUGUUUCCUCUUGUCUCUUUGGUUUCCAUCACAGACCGGCCGGGUUGGAAAACCUGAGCAUGCUGUUACGCCUUUUCCACCAAAAAAGUUGUGGUUCUUGAACUGGUUUCUUGGAACCAAGGUGCAAACUAAGGAACUGGCCUGCAUUUCGACCAGUUUUUGGAGCCGAUAUCGACGGUGGGCAUGCAGGACGGAGGUAAAUCCCCAGCCUGCCUGCAGCACAGAGCCCAAAUGGUCUGCAUAAUCUAAGCCUGAUAGGAUUCAGAUUGAGAAUUUGAAACACUUAAUUGUUUUUUUUUUUAUGUUAUGUUUUUAUUUGCAGGCAUGUACAACAGUGUGAGGGAACUUCUAUUCAGUGUUUGCAAGGACAUUUUUAACCGGGCCACAAAGUUCUCUCGGUUGUCGUCCUUGUAAAAUAAGACGUGCCCACUCAGUUCCUAUUUGAGAACAACUAUUUUGUGGUUCCAGCUGAGAACCAGCCUGUACGUUUGGGAACCAAUCUAUAUGUGCUGGAAAUCCAAAGAACGGUUCAAAAUUUGGUGCACAAACCAGAACGGAACCGGGUCUUUGUUGGUGGAAAAGGGUUGCGCACAUGCAAAGCUGCCUAGUGCAACUUCAAGAACAAUAAUCAAAAUUAAACAGGUGCAUAAGGUAUGAAGAAAUGUCUGAAAGUCAAGGGGAUAUUAUUUUUGUCAUAACACUCAGAAUUUUAGCGCAGAAUAGCCAGUAUUCAGUGUUGUUAACUUUACAGGACACCAACUUAGAAGUCUUUGAGAAUUGAAUCACAAAUUCAGGUUUUGCAUAGGGAAUGAGAUUUUUGAGCAUUUUGAUAUGAAAUUCUGAAAAAAAAAUGACUACUGUUUGGUCAUUUGGUGCUUUUAAAUGUAUGUUACUAACCUAGAGGAAUGUUCCUCGGCGACACACUGUCCUUGCAGUCCUGGUGACAAAAUGUCUUAAUGCUCAACAGACACCUUCAGUGCAAACUGCUGAACAGUUUUUAACUUAGACGCAACUGGAUCCCACAACACCGAGCCAGACCUCAAGUAGCAUUACCUCACUGAUCUACCACCGGUAAUGACAUCAUGAUUAUUCAACCUUUGCAUUGUACCUGCCCACAAAAAAAAAAAAAAAAAAAAAAGCUGUUUUGUCUUAUAAGAUGUUCAAAAGCAGGGUUCCUACACAAGUCUGGAAAAUUGACUUGAGAAAAUGUCUAGAGCUUGAAAAGUUUGGAAAUCGAACAAAAGUAUGUCUGAUCGGAGUGGAAUGGAUCUUUUAACCCGCUCCUGACAUAAAACUUCAUAUGGUGAUGUGGUGUACCCAGCUACUGUUGCAGAAAAUCCCCCGAAAUCUUCAAUCAAAUCCACUCCGGGCACCGAAAUCUGGAAUAAAUGCAGAAUUUUGAAACAUAAAAUGUGUAGGAACCCUGCCGCUGAAGGACCUAUGAUAUUCAAUGAACAAAUUUUUAUACAGGUCUGUACCAAACCAGCUCAACCAAAACUCCUUUUCGUUUGGUUCACUGUCUGCGUUUUUGAACAUAGUGACUGAUAGUAUCUGUGCAUGUCUCGGUUUACUUGUUUUCGGUAACAGGUUAUUUUACAGUGUCCUUACUCCAGUGUGUUGGAUGACAGAGUAUUGAUUGUACAUGACAAUAAUGUGUUGGUAAAAUACACCAUGCAAAUUGCAUUGUGCAAGUGCAAACGAAUUAUUGUUGUAUAUUUUUUUUUCGCAUAGGCUACGAGCCAGGUUAAUUCACUGGAAUAAGGCCAUUGUAAAAUAUUUCUCCAGUUUUUAAAGACGAUCUUGACCUCAUUACAGUUUUAUUGCUUUGCAGUCUUAAGGUGUGAGAGUUUAUGGCUUCCAUUCAGCCACACAGCAUCCAGGCCAUCAGUCAAACAGCACAGCGUCUGACUUUUUGUGUUUGCUUUAACCUGCUUGGAGAGUCAAAAGUGUUGGGAUGAACUCAUCAGACGAGCCAUAAUUUAACUUAACUGACUCGGACACUUGUCUCCUGUGAUUGAAAACCUAAACCUUUUGGCUCUAACAUACCCAACACGGCAGUAGGGUAAAACAAACUAUUAAAAAAUCAUUUGCAGGUGCUGUUUGACUCAGGUCUGAGUUGCCCAGUGUGUCAUUUUCAGUUGCUCGGUCCUCCAGAUGUCACUGACGUAUGCCUUUGACCUUAGCUUAGCCCACACCCAGUCCACGUCAGGCCGAAGUGUCGCCACCUCUUUGUUCCUGUGUAAGAGUCGUGCAGUACAUGUGCUGUUACACUCCCUUACUUUACAUGUACAUCAGCUUUUCCUUCAGGCGUUUAAGCUGUAAAAACCCCCCUCAAGGUGCUACUGUGUGUAACCAUGACUCAGACAAAACACAAAACUACACCAACACAACGUCAUCCACACGUUUCGUUCAGUGCUUUGGACUGGAAGAGCGUUUUGCAUUGAAACAGAAGUUGUUGUUGUUUUUUUUCCCUCAUUGUCUUUGGCUGCGUUCACACUGUCACUCAAACUAUCCCGAUUCUGAUGUUUGGCCUCACAUUUGGCACAGAUCUGAUCUUUUUUUUUUUUUUUUUUUUUUUUUUGCUUUUCAGUGGUUCAGAAUCGCCUCCCAUGUCAUGCAACCUGGCAUUUCAGUAUUUGCAUUGUUGCUAUGAAAAUUUGUCAAUCUUGCGCGAUUCAUCUGAGCCAAUUCUCAUUUUUUUUUUUUUUUUUUUUUUUUUUUUGCAGAGUCAGUGUUAGCAUGGAGGACAGUGAUACACAACUCUUUUAAAAAAGCAGAAUAGCCGGCCUGGUUUUGACGGCGUGUGCCGGGACAGAGAUGUGUUUGAAGUAGCGGGGAGAAGCGCAGGUCCAGAAACGGGAUGUGACAUCUUUCGUUGCCGUCACUCUGCACAUGCAUGUGUUUUUGACAUCGCUGUCAGUCCACGUUGGUAGCAGGCGCAGGAAACAUCCGAGAAUAGAUCAGAACAGUCGUCAAAAAAUAAAUAAAUAAAUGAAUAAAUAAAUAAAAUAAUGGAAAAAGCCAAAUGUGAGCGGGUCAGACUCGAGCGUGGAGGCCUGCGGUGUGAACGUAGCCUCUGACUCUGUGCUUCUUUUCUGAAAACCCUGAGAUCCCGAAGACGGAAAAAAAAAAGCGACCCCGAGAGGAAAGGGCCGGGUCUCGUUGUUUUUCGGGGGGCUUUGCCACGGUGACGGUCGUCUUGUCGUGACGGGGUCGUCUGUCUCUCUGCCGUUGGUGCUCUUUAUGGUGCUAACUUCUUCUUGUUCCAAACUUUCAGCUUCUCAAAGAAAUUCUCGGUUAGAGACAGAAAAAAAGAGGCUGCGGCUCGUGUUGCAAACUUCUUGUGUCACCUUACGUCAGGAGUCUGGGUGCCCGUGUGCGCUCGAGUCCUGGGGUGUCUCCUCCUGUCAGAGCUGUCUCGCUGUACAGAUCAAGAAGGUGCUGGCUUUGUUUGUUUUGUUGUUGUUGUUGUUGUUGUUGUUGUUGAUUUGUUUGGUUUGGUUCUCCCAGUUGCCCGGGCUCGCAGUGGAAAGCAAACAGAGACGAUUUUAAAUAAAUCAUAAGAGCGUGACGGCGCUGGUGCUCCGAGAAAACAAACGAAAGAGAACUGGUGAGAAAUGGCGUGUGCUACCCCCUAAUUUCCUGCCUCAAAGAGAAACUCACACUUAUUAUGGGUUUGCCUGGCCGACCCGCGGUGUCCUCGGUGAGGCGGCUGCAGCUCUCCGAGUCAGACUGAGGCUCGCCUGAACAGAUAAUUGGCUCGGCGAGCACGGAGGCCUAGAGCAUCCAUCGCUGAGAAAGUGAGUGAUUUUGUUCAAAUGUUUUCCAAAGUUCACUCCAGCUCUUGGGAGACAAGACCUUCACACAGCUUGGCAUGAGUGUGUGCGUGCGUGUGUGUGUGCGUGUGUGUGAGAGAGAGAGCGUGCGAAUACUGCCGGCUGCAUAUUCCACCUCCAGUGCAGUGGAAUGGAUCGAUGUUCACGCUUUUUAUCGGCGCCAACAUUGAGACAUCAGUGCCGCUACACUUGACAGCCAAGCUAAGAGGCUUACAGGAGGCCUCGCUCUGCCCGGCUGCAGAUAGGGGUCGGUAUCAGCUCUGAAAGGUCUCGGACGCCGAGCGGGGGGCCGCCGCCUGUCAGAGCUUCGGCUUCCUGCGCCCCUCCUCUCUGAGUCGACCUUGAAUACCUGUCAGCCCCGUUUGUUAUCUCCUGCCGGGAUCUGUCUGAAGCUCAGGGGUGAGCCGUGUGGGAUUCGGAUUCGAGACGGUUUCGCAGCUUUGCCCCGGACCGCGGGUACCAGCGGGUCGUAGUCUUACCCCUGCACCGCCUUACCGAGAGACGUAAACAACCUGCGCUGGGCUACGUGGUGCUCUCGGCUUGUGAAGUCUCGGAGGGUCGCUCUCUUCAUUUUGAGCUCGUUCGGGAGAGCAGCUCAAAAUGGCACUGUUUGUUUACUCCACUGUAAUAAGUGUCCACUCCGGGAGUGUGAUAGCUUCUCUCUCUUUCUCCCUUAUUUAUGAGUCCUCUGUAAAGCUUAGUAAUCUCACAGGCAGGCUUUGUGUGUGAAAGCGAGAGUGGGAGAGGGAGAGAGGGGGGGGGGGUCCUCUGGGGUCACUCACACAGCUGGUCGGGCUCAAACACACUCCGAAGCUGUGGCUCGUCUGGCCGGAGGUGGCACCGCGCCGCACCGCCGCGCUCGUCUCGGCUCUGGAAAGCGCCACACUCAAGUGCACUGAUUUGCGCCGCGGCGGGUGGUGGUGGCGCGGCAUGAGGGAGCGACCGUCUGGGCCCAAUUUUGGACUGUGUUCUCACUUCAGGAUCAAACUUGCAUCCCGAGUCGAUGCUUUUGGAGAAUGGCGCACUGUCACUGACCACUAACUAACGUACCCGCUUACAUAAGGAAAGUCAUUUCACACGGAGGCCGUCGUUGGAAAAUGACUCCCCUGGCGACGCUGAGGCCGCUGCUUCCAGUGAAUCAGCUCCCAAACCUCACAGUGGCAUGCCCCCAUGAGCCAUAGCAGAUGUCAUCAAUUAAUCUGUCCAAUUUUGUAUUAUUGUUAUUUAUUUAUGCUGUAAAAAAAAAAAAAUGACUUCUGCAGUAGCUUGUUUGUUUAUGGAUUUUUGAAAGAGAUUUGUGCUCAAGAAUUUGUAUUAUUUCUUUCUUUUUCUUUUUUUUUUUCUUUUCUUUUUUUUUUUCGUGGAACACAUACCGGGCUCAUGCAUAAAAUGGCUUAAAUUAUGAAUUUGUAACGGAGUUCCCUUUUUUUGUAUUAUUCAAAGUGUGUUCAUGUCUACGCAAUGCUCUGUCUAUGUAUAACAAACACAAAAAGGUAUGUUCUUUUUUUUUUUUUUUUUUUUUAGGUCGA